GAAGCUCGAAAAUAUCUGGCCACGUAUGCAGAACGGAGCGGGCCCUCUCGGGCAGCUCUCUCUCCCUCGCCGAAACUCCUAAAAAUCUCCUUUCACAGCAACGGAAGAUUCGAGAAGUGGUUGAGCACCGAGCUUCGAAACUUAAAAUUCUGCUGGAAAAUUUUAUCUGUAUAUGUUGUAUUUUUGGUUUGGAGAUUAUGGACUGAGAUCGACGGUGGCGAUUUCUUGCUGUUCUAGAAGAUUAGAAGCUGUGUAUUUCUGGAGAUUAUGAACUGAGAUUGACGGUGGCGAAUUCUUGCUGUUCUAGAAGAUUAGAAGCUGUGUAUUUCUGGAGAUUAUGGACUUAGAUCGACGGUGGCGAUUUCUUGCUGUUCUAGAAGCUUAGAAGCUGUGUAUUUUUCUUUUUCACCCUUCAAUGAGGUUUUGAAUUGAGGAAUUCGGUAACGAGGGAAGUGGAAGCAGGGUGCUCCAGAGUUGGUUCGACAUUUUUUUAAAGAUUUCCAUGUCGAUCCCAUGUGAGAGAUGGAUCAACGGUCUCCAAUUCUCGUCGUUGUUCUGGCCCCCACCUCAGGACGAUCAGCAGCGUCAGGUGCAAAUUAUGGCUUAUGUUGAAUACUUUGGUCAAUUCACCUCAGAGCGAUUCCCGGAAGAUGUUGCCGAGCUAAUUCGCACUUGUUAUCCAUCCAAGGAAAAGCGCCUUUUGGAUGAAGUAUUGGCAAUCUUUGUUCUUCAUCAUCCAGAGCAUGGACAUGCUGUUGUUCAUCCAAUUCUUUCUUGUAUAAUUGACGGGACAUUGGUGUAUGAUAAGAACCAUCCUCCCUUUAGUUCUUUCAUUUCUUUAGUCUGCCCAAGUAGUGAGAAAGAAUAUUCUGAACAAUGGGCCCUGGCGUGUGGGGAAAUUUUGCGAAUAUUAACUCACUACAAUCGCCCAAUUUACAAUAUUGAGAAUCAAAGCAGUGAAACGGAGAGGAGCAACAGUGGCAGCCAUGCUACAACAAGUGACUCACGGGAUGGGGAAGCAUGCCAAUCAUCACUGGUGGAACAUGAGAGGAAACCAUUAAGGCCUCUAUCUCCUUGGAUUACUGACAUAUUGCUUGCUGCACCUUUGGGUAUUAGAAGCGACUAUUUCCGCUGGUGCGGUGGGGUCAUGGGUAAAUAUGCAGCUGGUGAACUCAAGCCUCCAACAACUGCUUGUGGUCACAGGUCAGGGAAACAUCCUCAGCUUAUGCCAUCAACUCCAAGAUGGGCUGUGGCAAACGGUGCUGGCGUUAUAUUAAGUGUUUGCGAUGAAGAAGUUGCCCGCUAUGAAACUGCUAAUCUAACAGCUGCUGCAGUUCCUGCACUUCUGCUUCCUCCUCCAACAACCGCAUUAGAUGAGCAUCUAGUAGCUGGGUUGCCAGCUCUUGAACCAUAUGCUCGCUUGUUUCAUAGGUACUAUGCCAUUGCUACUCCAAGUGCCACCCAAAGGCUUCUUCUUGGACUUCUUGAAGCACCACCAUCAUGGGCUCCAGAUGCACUUGACGCUGCUGUGCAACUUGUGGAACUUCUAAGGGCAGCUGAGUAUUAUGCAUCUGGUAUGAGGCUUCCAAGGAAUUGGAUGCAUUUGCAUUUCUUACGUGCAAUUGGGACUGCAAUGUCCAUGAGGGCUGGCAUCGCUGCAGAUGCUGCCGCAGCUUUACUUUUCCGCAUACUUUCACAACCCACAUUGCUUUUUCCUCCACCAAGGCAUGCUGAAGGUGUUGAUGUCCAGCAUGAACCUCUCGGUGGCUAUAUUUCGUUCCAAAAAAAACAGAUAGAGGUUCUGGCUGACGAAGCCACCAUUGAAGCCACUGCCCAAGGAAUUGCUUCAAUGUUAUGUGCCCAUGGCCCCGAGGUUGAAUGGAGAAUUUGUACCAUCUGGGAAGCUGCUUACGGCCUUCUUCCUUUAAGUUCCUCAGCUGUUGAUUUGCCUGAAAUUAUAGUUGCAACCCCUCUGCAACCUCCUGUUUUAUCAUGGAAUCUGUAUUUACCACUACUUAAAGUCUUAGAGUAUCUUCCUCGAGGAAGCCCAUCUGAAGCAUGCCUCAUGAGGAUCUUUGUGGCUACAGUGGAAGCGAUUCUUCAAAGAACAUUUCCACUGCAAUCCUCCAGAGAACAAACCAGGAAAUCAAGGUACCAUGUUGUUAUUGGGAAUGCGUCUAAGAACCUUGCUGUUGCUGAGCUGCGUACGAUGGUGCAUUCGCUAUUUCUAGAGUCAUGUGCUUCUAUGGAACUUGCUUCCCGCCUGCUGUUUGUUGUGCUAACCGUGUGUGUCAGUCAUGAAGCUCUGCCCAAUGGGAGCAAGAAGCCAACUGGCAUUGACAUUCAUUCUCCUGACGAAGAACAGCAAAAUGGAAAAGAAAUGAGAACUAAAAACAGAAAGAAGCAAGGCCCUGUGGCAACCUUUGAUUCUUAUGUUCUAGCCGCUGUUUGUGCUUUGUCUUGUGAACUUCAGCUCUUCCCUUUGAUGUCAAAAGCUGCUAAGUGUUCAGAUUCUAAAGACUCCAUGACCAUAGUGAAGUCUGGUAAAAUUAAUGGAUCUUCUGAAGAGUUUGAAAAUGGUAUUCACUCAGCGGUUCAUCAUACUCGUAGAAUGUUGGGAAUUUUAGAAGCACUCUUUUCAUUGAAGCCAUCUUCUGUUGGCACCUCAUGGAGUUACAGUUCAAAUGAGAUAGUUGCUGCAGCUAUGGUUGCCGCCCAUGUUUCUGAACUGUUUGGACGAUCAAAGGCCUGUAUGCAUGCUCUCUCCAUUCUCAUGCGGUGCAAAUGGGAUGAAGAAAUCUAUACCAGGGCAUCUUCACUUUAUCACCUUAUUGACAUUCACGGCAAAGCUGUUGCAUCCAUUCUUGACAAGGCAGAACCGCUUGAAGCAAACUUAGUAGGUGCACCAUUAUGGAAGGAUGCUCAAAUCAACGGUAGAAAAGAUAUAAGUUCCUCAAAUGAUAACAGAUUUGCAUUGGGACCUCCUUAUACGCGACAACAUGAAGGUGAUAAGAAUUUGGAACAUGUGAGAACAUAUCCGAGACAUGAGAAAGCAAUAAUACUAACGGAUGCUAUGCUAAAUGACUCUGGGAAGAGUCUCAAGAGUUUGCCUGUGGAUGCAUCAGACUUGGCAAACUUUCUUACAAUGGAUAGGCACAUAGGAUUUAACUGCAGUGCACAAGCUCUUCUGAGAUCUGUACUUGCUGAGAAACAAGAAUUAUGUUUCUCAGUUGUUUCAUUGCUGUGGCACAAGUUGAUCACAGCCCCAGAGACACAAAUGAGUGCUGAAAGUACAUCUGCCCAACAGGGAUGGAGGCAGGUCGUCGAUGCCCUGUGCAAUGUUGUGCUUGCAUCACCAACAAAAGCAUUGACUGCAGUUGUUCUUCAGGUGGAGAGGGACUUGCAACCCUGGAUUGCUAGAGAUGAUGAACAAGGUCAGGGAAUGUGGAGAAUCAAUCAACGGAUUGUUAAAUUGAUGGUGGAGCUGUUGAGGAAUCAUGAUAGCCCUGAAGCCUUGAUAAUUCUAUCAAGUACUUCAGAUCUUCUUCUCCGUGCGACGGAUGGAAUGCUCGUUGAUGGAGAAGCUUGCACUUUACCACAGCUAGAGCUCCUGGAAGCAACAGCUAGAGCAGUUCAAGUAGUGCUAGAUUUGGGAGAGUCCAGCUCAGCUGUCGCCGAUGGCCUUUCAAACCUGCUAAAGUGUCGCCUACCAGCUACCAUCCGUUGCCUUUCUCAUCCAAGUGCACAUGUGCGUGCUCUAAGCAUGUCAGUUCUUUGGGAUAUCUUGCAUAUCGGCUCCAUCAAAUCCAACCAAAAGAAAGAGGAUGCAGAGCAAAUCCAUGGGCCACCUUACCAAUGCUUAACCAUAGGCACCAUCAACUGGCGUUCCAACAUUGAGAAGUGCUUAACAUGGGAAGCCCACAGUCGGCGCGCAACCAGGAUGACACUGGCAUUCCUCGAUGCCGCUGCCCGGGAACUGGGUUGCGACCUUUCCUUUUCUUGUCAUGGGCCUCCACAAUCCACCCAUUUGAAAUAGCACUGUUGCAUAUCAAGUCACAUGGGGCCGUAGAACUUGAAGAAUGUAGAUAGGCCGAAGCAGCUGUUGAAGUCUUCUGUUCUUGUAGAUACAAUGAAGAACUCGCACUCCCAUCAUUCUAGAUCUUUAAACAGGAAGAGCAUGAUAUACAGUGGAAACUGGAGAUUGGGCUGUGUCUGGUUUUUGACCCCUUUUUUUCUAUUUUCUUAUGUUGCUUAUGCUAUCUGUUGGUCUAAUAUACUUGAAUGCUCCCCUAUUAGAAAUAUGGAAUGCAGGCUGCUUUGGUGCCUAAACCCUACAACAUACAUCAAUAAUAUUUAAUUGUCAUUCUCAAGGUUUC